UUGAAUAAUGUGAUAUUAUAAAUUAAUUUGUUGUUUUUUAUUUAAGGCAUUUAUGCAGCAGCAAAAGAGGCAUUCUCUGCUCUAGGACCACAGUGCAAAAAUUGGCUGAAAAAAACUGUAGCCAUGGGGGCAGAUGGGGCAGCUGUAAAUCUUGGACACAAGCAGGGGGUAAUAUCCCUUGUCCAGGCAGAGGCAGGGAACUACAUUGUUCCUUUCCAUUGUAUGCCUCACAAGCUUGAUCUGGCUCUGUUGUCAGUGCAAAAGGAAAACCCAAUGAUUGGGAAAGUUUACAACCUCAAUAUGGUUUGGAAAACAUACCAUUUCAGCAGCAAAUCCAUGAGGGAGCUGAGGGUCUUUGGGGAAGACCUAGGCAUAAGGGUGAAUUCCCCAAGUGGAGUAAAAGGAACGCGCUGGCUAUCACAUGUAUCUAGAUCGUUGGAGACACUGUUAAAACUGGAGAGAGAGGAGGUUAUCUUUAGGACCCAGCACAGUUUACUGCAGUCUAUGUGCACAUGCACCACUUGGCCAGUGCAUCAGCAAACACAGACAUUGCUGGAAGGGCCAAAAAAGAUCAAGAAGACUAUGGAGGAUGGAACUUUUGUAGCCUUCUGCCACUUUCUUGCUGAUCAUCAAAAUGACAAAAUGCUGUGUUUUGCGUCAUACAGCAGUUUUGCUGACAGAUAA